ACCAGCAGCCAGCCAGCAGCAGCAGCCGCCAGUCUGAGUCGGACCGGCCCGGCGAGCAGCGCGCGCCCCGUCACCGUGAGGCCGCACAAUCACAAUCUCCUCCGCGCCGCCCGCGAGCGUGACGUUCGACGCGAUCCCCCGCGAGCACGCCGCCGUGACCGCCGUGACGUGACGUGACGCAGUGCCGCGUGACGUGCCGCACCGCAUGCGCCCGUGAUGGGGAGCGAUGAGGAUGGCGUCAGUCUCCAGAGGCUCAAGAAGCAGCCGCAAUGCGUGGAGAGCCAGCAGCCCAGGAUACCGGAGGAGACCGCCCUGAAGGACGCCACGACGCCGGCCUCCGCGUCCGUCGUGCGCGUGUACUCGCGGCGCUGGCUCAUGCUCGCGCUCUACCUGGGCGUCAUCACGCUCAACUCGGUGCCCUACAUGCAGUACACGGUGGUGGGCGACAUCCUCAGCCAGUACUACGGCGUGAGCAAGAACAACCUGGAGUGGAUGACCAUGGUGUCGUCGGCCACCGCUGCGCUCUUCAUCUUCCCCGCCGCCUGGGUGCUUGACAAGUAUGGACUCCGGGUGAGCGUGUUGGUGGGCGCGGCCGGCACCGCCGCCGGCAUCUGGCUCAAGACGCUAGGCUGCCGCGCGGACGGCUACUGGCUCGCCAUGUCCGGCCAGGCGCUCGUGGCCAUCGCCACCCUCUUCGUCGUGUCCUCGGCGCCCACCCGCAUGGCGGCCGUGUGGUUCCCGCCCAGCGAGGUGUCCGGCGCCGUCGGCGGCUCCUACCUCGUCAUCAUGCUGGGCAUCGCGGUCGGCUGCGGCAUCGCGCCCCUCUCCGUCAACGAGAAGGUUCCCGAGGAGACCUACUACGGCCUGCUGACGGCCAACGUGGGCCUGGGCGUGGUGGCCACCCUGCUCCUGGUCGCCGUGAUCUUCCUGUUCCAGGACAAGCCGCCGCUGCCGCCGUCGCCGUCGCAGGCCGCCAAGGCCUCCCCCGCCAGCGCGGCGGCCAGCAACGCGCUCACCUUCUUCAGGUCGCUCUGGAGGAUCAUGCGCGACCCGCACUUCGUCAUCCUGCUGUUCGCGUGCGCGCUCUUCUCCUCCACGCUCAUCGGCUUCAGCGUGCUCAUGGACAGGACCGUCGUCUUCUUCUUCCCGGAUAACAAGACAGAUACUGGAUAUAUUGGAAUGUUUAUGACUCUAGGAGGUAUCGUUGGAAUUAUUUUGAUUGGUUUCCUUGUCUCCUACACAAGGCUGUAUAAAGAAUGGGCUGUUUUGAUUUACACAUUUGCACUCCUUGGUGCCAUUGCCUACUCUGUGUCAGUCAGCAAGUCAGAUUCCAUUUACUAUGUUUAUGCUUCUGCAAUCAUGUUAGGGUUCUUCAUGCCCUGUUUCUACGUACCUGGUCUCGCCCUGGCUGUUGAACUGACCUAUCCUGAGCCAGAGGGAAACCCCACCGCUAUUAUCAACUGGUUAAUACAGCCUACAGCUUUACUAGUAAAAAUGGGCUACACUCUCCUUUUUGAGGAAGUGAGUCCCGACAUUGCACACAUUGUGCAGUGCAGCCUUCUUGUGAUUGGGCUUGUGUGUAUCACAUGUGUUCCCAAGAAGUACAAACGCAGAGAGGCAGAACGUCUCGCUCACCAGGAGGCUACUAAAGACGUCAAUGGGGGCCCUGGACCUGAGGAGGGAAUGCUCACUGUUGUUGACUGAUUUCAUAUUUUUACUUGUGCAUUUUCAUUUUUGUAUAUGUGUGACCAGUGGGUUUUGAACCUCAUAUUUUGAUGAACUUAUCAUGUCAAUAUUGUUGUUUGUGUGUGUGUACAAAUGAGAGAAUGGAAAUAUGAGCAGCAUAAGUAUAGUAAGUGUAUGUGCAGUCUAAAUUAUGGCUAUGUUGUAAAAUGAUUACUUUUAAUUCUUAUGCAUCACAUGAUAUUAUCCAGCCUUCAAGGAAAGUCAUGAAGAAGGUCAUUAUGCCUUUUUUUCUUGUUACGAAUGACAUGAUAUUCUUAAAACUCAUGGUGGAAAUGUUCACAAAGUUCUCAUUAUACCGUCCUCUGUGAUCCCGGUAUUUGACGUGGGUUGUUGUUAAUUUUUGCAGAGAAAGCAAAGCUUCUCAUUUACAAGUAGCUAUUUUCUUUUGGGUCAAAGCCAGCUUUUAAAAUAUAAAUAGAUAUCCUGCGACAAGUGUAGAUCUAUAUACAAAGGGUAUGGCUGAAUGGGACUGACUCGUUUCUAUGAAAUUAAUGAACAUGGAAAGUCUCAAUCAGGAAAAGUAAACAGGUUUCAUCUAUAUGAAGAACAUAUGUUUCAUAAAGUAGAGUCAGUUAAAAGUAAGAACCAACAUAAAAUGACAUACCUUUUCCAUAUUUGUCAAUAUUGACUCUAUGUACAUCCAGAAAAUUACAAUGGGUAAAUAUGCAAAUUUUAGUGGCCUUUAAACAAUUAAUUAAAAACAACAACGAAAGUUCUAAACAUUAGCUGCAAAAGUGCAAGUUUCAAAUGAGGUUUUCUUUACUUAAUUACAGCUCACCAUUUAAAAGUCACAUGCAUCACUGUAGAAAGUUUAAUCUUAUGAGGUAGUUGCCCAGUGUGGCGGAGCGUAGCGGGAAACAAAACAAAGCACCAUAACCUACGAGAAGGAAUGCUUUAUAUCGCGGAUUAAGUUAUUUUCUCGAAGUGCUAUGUGAAUGCAUAGGUGUAUAUAAAGGCUGCACAUUGAUUGAAACCUUGUCAAAUACUGCUUUCUGGAUGUAUCACGUAGUUUUCUUUUGUUGCUUUCUGCUUUGUUUUGGUUCCCCGCUACGCUCCGCCACACUGGGCAACUACCUUACCUGUGAAAUCAUUGAUUCUUUAGCAGAGGAUGAGAUUUCACUUCCAAGUGGAACCAGAAUGUAAAUAUAGUUUUAGGUAAUUGUAUUUUUUUUAUCAGACUCAUUAAUAGUUGUUGCCUUUUGGAAACAAUAAAUCUAGUUUAUAGCAUACAA